CCCGGCCUGUUGGCACGACUAGUUUCCCGGUCUCUUACCUCAGUCUCUACCGCUUCCAAAUUAAGAAACUGUGAUGGAUCAAUCAUUGGAAUACAAAGCUUUGCGAAAGGGUGCUACUAUCCUGAAGUGCUGCGUAAGCCCAGACGAUAUCGUCACUCCGCUCUUCGACAAGGAACUCCUUACCCCUCAAGAGCGCGACCGGGCUAACGCAACUCAUUUAACUCCGAAUCAGAGAAUGGAAGAAGUAUACUUGGCCCUAGAGAGACGGGUGACAGUUAAUUAAGCCCGCGGCAAUUCACACGAUAAUCGACAUACUAAAAAACGAGCCAGCAUUAGCUCCGGUGGCAGAAAAACUAAAGAAACUCUGGAUCGCAGAACACCCUACCUUUCCAAGACCUGCCGAAACAGUCGGUGAAAACCCGGAAUUGGUUUUACAACCCUCACCCAUUCCAAGGCACGUGGUACCCCCUGAGAGCUCCAGAUUUGCCUACUCUUAUAGAGGGCACAGUUCAAAUCUCACAGUGCCAAAGAAGAGCUCUGUUUCGCCCUUUCAAGUUUCACCUGACCACAUCUCCCAGGAUUAUGGGACACAAGCAAAGAGCACAGCCCCUGUCCAGGACUCCCAACAAGAUCCAACUAAAUCUGUGAUGCAUCUCACGAGACCUCCAAUGCCACUUUCUCCCACAUUCCUUGAGUUUAGUUGCUCAAUCAGUGAUGAUGGCUUGAAGGGGGGAAUGACACAUGAAAGAAGUCGCAAACUGCAGGACCUCAUGCGUGAGUAUGAAAAUCAGUACGACCAUUUAAAAAAUGCUAAAGCUGAAGUAGCUAGGUUAGAGAGAUACAGCUGUUGUUUGAAGCAUCAGCUAAAGCAGGAGAGAGAAGAGAGUGAUGGUAAACAGAAACAGAAUGCAACUGUUAGUCAGUUGGUGGCUGACCUAGAGACGAUGAAGCUAAAAUGCGACACACGUCAGACAGGGUUGAAAGUACACAUUGAAAAAUUGGAAUCAGAAAAAGAGGAAAUUGCAGAGAGGGAGAGAGUGGCUGUCAAAAAAUGCAAAUUGUUAGAGCAAGAAGCUAGUAGAGUAAGGAAGCUCAGUGACAUACACUACGGCACCACCUUGGAGCUCGAUCAUGCAUUCCAAGUCAUUCUGGACAGUAAGAUAGUGAGUGAAGAGUUUAAGAAGAUAGUCAGCGUGUUGAAAGUGGAGGUUGAAAAAAGAAAGGAUGCUACAUGACCCUAACUCUUUGUGUAAAAUAACAGAACUCCAAUAGAGUGUAAAAGUAAUUAGCGAGUGAAAAAGCGCCCAUGCACAAUUACUCGUACGCCAUCAUACAUUAUUAUUAUACGAGGUCUCAGUCAAGGCAUAUUAUGCCGUGUGCAAGCAUUCUGCAAAACUUAAACCGAUUAUGACCCUACAUUUUACAUAUCUAUGUAGCUCCAAUUUGUUUGACGCAAUUGCCAAUGCCCCA